AGCCUCAUGCUUUUUCUUUACCCUUGACUCCCGCACUUGGAUGUGCAUUUUGCAUAUUGAAUAAUUUGCAUACUAGUGUAUGCACACGUGAAAGAGAGAUUAACUUGUCUGCAUAACGUAUAUAUUGCCACACUGACCUGCAACUUUUGAUAGACUGUUGAUUUACUACGUCACCUCUUUCUAGGAAGUCUUUUGUACGACGGCUACACAUUUUUCAUUUUUAAUAGAAGACAACCCCUGCAUCAAGAUGCCACCUGCGGCCCUCUUAUUUUUCCUUCUUUUGGGCCCUGUGGUCUCCACGGUGACUAUUACCUCGGAGCGCUCCUCUGUAAACGGGGGGCCGGUUCUGGUUCUGCUGCGCGGACGAGGCCGCAAGGUCCCUCUUCCUCAGCCCGAUGCACGGGGCAAGGAAGCCGCUGCCAUGGCAGCAGAGCCAGAAGCUGCCGAGAUCCCCCCAAAACCCCUUCCUCAGCUUAGUCUACCCCGUAACGUGACGGCAGACGCCCUGAAGCCCCCUCUGGGCGCUGCCCAGGUGGCACCUCCUCCUCGCCGACUGGUGGACGUAGAUGUGUGCCAAGGUUACUAUGACGUGAUGGGACAAUAUGACAACACUUUCAACUGCACCAGGGGCACCUACAUCUACUGCUGUGGCACCUGCCACUACCGCUUCUGCUGCGAGCACCAGCGCAGUCGUUUAGACCAAGACUCCUGCCACAACUAUCGCUCGCCCGACUGGGCCGUCACAACGACACCUAUCACCCAUCCUCCGGUCCGACUCGACCCAGAUUUCGACCCGCUGCAGCAACAGAGCAACAACACGGCUUACGUCAUCGGGGGAGUCAUCUCGUUUACCAUUACCGUGGCCAUUGGGGUUAAAGUGGCCUUUCAUAAACUGUCUCGAAGACCGAGAAACAGAGACAUCAACAUGCCUAGAGUGUUGGUGGACAUCCUACGUCACCAGUCCAGUCCUGUUCAACAGGGAGAGAGGAACAACACCACAGUCCUCACGACCGCCACAUCCAGCGAAGGCACGCUGGGCUGGCCGUCCAAAAACCUGUACACUCCCGUACUCCAGAGCAAAGAUAACCGAACUGGGAAACACAAUUUCCAGACUGGGUCCAGUCCCAAACACACAGCUACCAUCGAGCGAGUUCCUCGCAUGAAUAACAACCAGCUGGCCUCCAUGGGAACGCUGAUCUCUAGCAAGCACAAUAGUUCUGGCUUUCAUCCCUCCCUCUCUCACUCCUUCCACAACCUCGCUCAGCUACCUCCAUCGUACGAGACCGUAACGAAACCAGAGCUCAAUCGCUACAGCUCCCUCAAGAGACUAGAGAGAAACCUAGAUGAAUAUUCCGGAUAUUACACCUCCAAGCGAAGGCAAAACAAUGCUCCACCCAGCUUCCAUUCCUCCCAGCACCACCUGCAGUGGGGAGGUGACCUUACGCUGGGUGCCAGAGGUACCCUACCGCUAAACACAUCACGCACCCGAAUCCACGUGUCAAGUGCUGCUUCCACCCCCAACCCCUACCCUUUACCCCAGACGCAGUACAACCCCACUUUCGACUCGAUGAGUAGGCCGCCCCGCCGGGUGAUGUCUCAAGACCAGCUUCUGGCGCUGGGGGACGGUAACACUCUCACACGCCUCUCCAAGAACCAGCAGCAGCAUCAAUAUUACAAACCCAUGACUACCAGCAAGAGCGCCACCGGGCAGACUUUACGCAAGUCUCACGAACGCCUCCUGGUUUCACCGGACCGCCUGGAGGAGAGAAUGAUGGUGCCUCACAUGCCCCGUCUUACCCACCACCAGAAAGCGCAGUCCCAGCAGAACGUAUGCGUGACGCCAUCACUCGACCGCCAUCACAUGAUUAAAAUGAAUUCGCACCCUAGCUCCGGCCGGGAGCAAGAACAAGCGGCCGCCACCAUGUCAUCCGGUCACGGCGGCGGGGCUUUGAGUUGGGGGGAGGGCCAUGGUUCAGGAGCGAUGGGACACAGCGCGCGCCGGAUGGCCUUCGCCACGAAACGUCAGAAUACCAUCGAACAGCUGCACUUCCUCCCUGGAGGAGGUGCCUUGGGUGUGGGGGGAGGCAGUCAGGCAAUGAGAACAGGGAGUAAGAAUGAAGUGACUGUGUGAAAAAUGAUUAAGGCUGAGGAGAUGAUGGACAGAUGUGAGGUGCGCUAGCCGAAAGGGAGGAAAGACUGGAGUUUGAAAAAGGCUUUUGAGCUCAGAAAUAAAGAACGAGAAUGAGGAAGGGAAACAAGGCUUUGAGAUGAGGGGGUGCAAGGAGGCCUAUGAUUACACAAGCCUUGAAUGGUUAGAGAGGGAUAUGAAACUAUACCAUUGAAUUUGUGGAUCCCUAAAUUGGCAAAGAUCUGACGGCACUGUUCAAACAUGUUUUUAGAAGAUACAAAUAUAAAACGAAAUUAUUUGUAUAGGGCAACUCAUUUCUCUAGCAAAUCACAUUGAUGUAAAAGUUACAAAAUACUUGCAAUUGAUAAACACAAUCUUGCUUUAAAGUUUACUCAAAGUUCACCAGAUGUUUGCGGUUGCACAUGGAGGUGAGACUGUAAAAUAACUGGGAAAUAAUGGAAACUGCUGGAUGGGGGUUUCUAAAAGUACACUAAAAUACCUCAAGGAGAUUUGACCGUUCUCAAAACGGAUGACUUGGGAAUGGAUUGUGACUUGAGGAGUUUGCCAUCCAGUGACAUCUUUGACAGGACUACCGGCCUUCCGUUGCGCAGAAGAAAGUGUAAAAAGGACGUCAAAAACGUCACUUGCUUUGUGACUUGACUCUUUAGUCUGCACUGUUAAUGUAAGUCCAAAUGUCAUCAGCCAUAUUAGAUGCUUCUUCAUAAGGAAUACGAUGAAAGGAAACUGGAGGAUGAGAGUUAAUCCUUGAAGUUAACGUGAAUAUUGUCACAAUUUGUUGAUAUUUUGCAUUGUGGAUAACAUUUUGGCUGUUUUAUAAUACUUUUAAAGGCUAUCAGAUCAUUAUAGUGAAAUUAAUGCAAUCUGAACAAAAACGUUGGAGCAAUCAGCAAAAAGUGAUUUGGAAUUUGAAGACCGAUUUUACUAAGCAAUCUACGCCUUUAUAUUUGAUAGAUCAAAUCUGAUUGAAGUCCUUCCUCUUACUUGCAUGUUUAACCAAUCAAAGGACAGCUUAGUAUGACAGCAUCAAACAUUAUCAAUUGGUUACGGUUCUUCUGUUAUGUACAAGCAGAGGUUUAACUAUCGGCAUGCAGCAAAGAAGCCAACCAUUUUCGAACUUAAAUCGCAACGAGCUGUUCACUAUUUAAAGUUGUAUCAGUGGGGGGAAAGGGUUUGGUUAUACAGUUGACAAUUUAAUUCAAGGGCUAUUCUGAAACUAAUUCAUGUGUGUCUGUGCUUCCGUGUUCUGAUGGCUUUUUCAUAUAUUUUUCUGUGUCAGUAUUGGGGACACGGUUGUGCGAAACAUAAAGGCUACAUGCCAAUGAGUGUACAGAACAGAGAAUUCUUAAAAGCUACUUCGAUUUAACACUCUGUGUCACACUACGAUGCAUUAUUAACUAACCAUUGAGUUAGGUUUUAGAAGUAAAAACGUGUCUUGUUAAACUAUAUAUUAUACAACAAAUGUCUUUUUUGUUAGCGAUUACUGUGUGUUUUUCUGCUGUCUGCGCAUCAUAUGGACAGCGCUGUAGUGGAAUGUCUGAGAAUGACCUGGCUGAGGAGGAUUAUCGGGCCAUACUAUAGUACUUUAGAUCACUCUGCAAUGUUUAAGCUUUUAUUAUCUUUAAUCAAAGUUAAAAAAGAAAAAGAGAAAAAACUAAAGCCUAUCCCGAAUGUUUAAAUAUGUACACAUGCAAUUUAUGUGCAUAUAUAUAUAAAUAUAUAAAUAUAGUCAUCAAUAUUACUCAUAUUCUUGAUUAUUAUUAUCAUGAACUUUCUUUUUUUUUACUCUGUGAUUUUAUGUUUGGUUUCGCUUUUAUUUGACUUUCUAGUGGACUCUAACUUUUGUCAGCAAAAAAGCAGAUGCAAUCAUAGUGAAAAGACAAAACGCAUGAAGAUGUCAAAGCCAGUGUUGAUGAUGUCAUAUUGCUGACUUCUGAUGUCAAGGUGUGUAUGUGUCCAGUUUGUGCGUCUGUAUUUGUGUGCUUGUGUGUAUUUUAGUGUCUAUUUUGGAAUGCUUUAUCUCACAUUUCAUCUGACCUUGGAUUCAGUUCGAGUCAGAUAAUGUGCAUUUCAGAAAACCGAAAUGAUAUUAAACCCAAAAUAUGAUUUUAUUUUUAAGUGAGUGUCUCUUUGAAUGCAAAAAAUAAACAAAUGAAAAAGGUUUCAUUUUUCAUUGCUACAUUCACCAAAGUUAUGGGAAAAAAUAAUAGAGCAUUUUAUAUUUUUUCAGUAAUUUUGUGAUUUUUCUUGCCAUAAAGUACAAAACCCUUGUUGUAAAUGUUUAUUUUAUGGCCAAAAUUGGGCAACUGCAUAAAUUAUUUCCAGCAAAAUGAUUUAAUUAUUAUUAUUAUGUUUAAUUAUUAAAUAAAAUCCUCAACACCAAGAAC